UUUAGGGGCGGAAGCAUGAUAAAGAGCAAUAAGAAACUAAAUUCCCAAGAUGGCUCAACAAAUGCUAUCACAAGUAACAAUGUCAACAAACAGGCCAACAGCCUGGCUCUCUUCUCUCAACCGAAUACCCCAAAUAGCUUUUCAUUGUUCUUGGAAAAUUGUGUGCCCCCUGUUGCAUUGAGGCAUUUUGGGAGUCUGCCGCUUUUAGGCCCCGUCUCCCUCCAGCUGGCACAGAUAAAGACUCAGUUGGCACUGCACCAGCUGAAUGCAAUUGCUGGCACAAGUGUCACUCCGCCUGCAAUUGCUUCCCCUGCUUUGACCUUGCUCAACUUGCUCAAGGUCACCAUGUCGCAUCCUUUAUAUAAUCCCCGUGGAGGGCCGUUCCCCAGUGGUCAGAGACCCGUCGUGCCUGGCCAGUAUGGUCUUGGGUCACAGCCUCGAAUGGAGCUGGGAGCAGCCCGUCUUGGCCCGGGUUCCAUAUCUGGUUCUCGCGGGGGAUUGAUGGUCAACCAGCCCUUCUCACUGGGACAGCGCCAGUCUCAGAUUUCCCCAGAUCUCGAAACCGCCAUAGACCGGAACCUUCGGGGAGCCCGCGAGGAAGUUCGCCUUCUCACUCAAAUGCUCCAGCAACCCAAAAAAGCAGAUCCGCGCAUGAGAGAGAAUACAAGGGAUGAAGUGCUUUCCUCCGGCAGCGGCUUUUCAGGGACUUCGCGAUCUGAUGAGGUGAACUGGUCCAUAUACCAAGCCCAAGGCAAGCUCUUUGCAUCUUCAAGUUUGGACCGUCCUUCCAGUUCUUCACAGCUGUUCCCAUCUGCAAGUUUUGUUGGAGGAUCAAGUGGUUUGGACAGCCAGCCUCCGCCAGAACAGCGGCCUUCACGCUACACCUCUGAAAGUGCCAGCAGCAUCCUAGCAAGUUUUGGACUCUCCAAUGAGGACCUAGAACUUCUAAGCCACUAUCCAGAUGAUCAGCUGACCCCCGACAACCUACCGUUUAUUUUACGAGACAUCCGAAUGCGUAAAGCAAAGAGGGACGUUGAUGCGAGAUCUGAAUACAACAAAGUUAUUGACUAUGGACAUUCUAGUAAAUUUGACUAUCCUGAGGAGAGCCCGGAUGGCUAUGCAAGUGAACACCUGCCUAAAGAGUCACCAAAGUUUGUGAGGGAGGUCUCUGGACCACCCUUCAGUGGCAUGGACAUCACAAAGCAUCCUCAGCCGUGUCAGCCAGCUCCAGGCCCUGUACAAGUUCCAAAGCUUCAGAAAGCUCCACCAGUAGAUCCGAGACCCUCUAAGACGAUUCCAGCGAGACCAUCUGCUUCCCAGCCUAUUCUGCAGCCUUCCAGUCGACCUCCUCUACAGAUACCGCCUCAACUUGGUGUUCUUCCUAUGAUGACCGUUGACGAUAUCUCCAGAGGUCUGAAUGCCAACUGGAUCCCGUUCCUUUCACCUCCAAUCAGCGUGCCUGCCAUGAAGAGGCUUCCAACUCCGACCAUGAUGAACGAUUACUCCGCAGCUACACCAAGAAUCUUUCCUCAUACAUGCUCUCUAUGUAACAUUGAAUGUAUCCAGAUUAAGGACUGGCUUGAACAUCAGAAUACAAAUCUUCACAUUGAGAGUUGUAGAUGUCUUAGGAAACAAUAUCCUGACUGGAAUGUUGAGGCUGUCUCUGUUUCAAGACCUGAGCCCAAAACAGAACACGGCAGCUCAAAGCGGCACACUCGAUCGCACUCGUACUCCAGAUCCCCCAGUCCGAAGCGGCACCAUGACUCCUCAAGCCGCCGUAAGCGAUCCCGUUCACGCUCCCGAUCCCGUUCUCGCUCCCGAAGCCCUAGAAGGUACCGGCGUUCCAGAAGUCGCAGCCGGUCCCCCCAUAGGAAGUCUCGAGGCAGUCCUUACAGACGGAGGUCCCGUAGUCCACCAUCUCAACGGUCAAGGUCUCCAGUUUACAGUAGGCGCUCCCCUGUACGCCGUUCAAGCCCCCGCCGUUCGAGCCCAUCCUGGCAACAGAGAUCUAGCAGUAGUGAACGAUUGGCCAUGAAACUCAUGUCUUCAACUGAGUUUUCUUCAAUCACAGACAGUAGUACUUUGAAGGCUGUUGUGAAAUCCUUGGCACCAGCCCUGCUGGCUGAGCUAGCAAAGAAGAAAAGUAGUUCCACUACUUCCUCAUCAAAGGGAAGCAGUAGCAGCAGUAGUUGGAAACGGCCGCCCUCUCCUAAGAGAGAUGAGUACUCCAAGUCAAGCAGAACCUCCAUCUCAAAGUCCUCCACCACUCCAAAGCCAAGACCCAAGGAUGCCCCUGGCACAUCCUGUUUGUUGAGGCUCAUUGGAAUUCCUCAUUGGACUACAAGUAAAGAACUGACUAAUGCCAUUGAGCCUUUUGGCAAGAUUUAUACUGCCAUCCUCCUCAAGGCAAUUAAUGAGGCCUCAGUGUGUAUGGAAAGAGAGGAGGAUGCCAAAGCUUUGCUCAACUGUAAGAACCUGACAAUUCGUGGGCAGGUUGUUAAAGUCUGCAUGGAGAAGGAUGCAAGAGAUGAUGAUGGGAGAAAAUCUGUUAAGACCGAAAAACCUGUUAAGAAAAAAGAGGUGACUACAACAACAAAACCAACCCAAUCAGCAAAAGUAAAGGGUGCAAACCCAGUUAAGGCUCCUCAGACAGCAAAAGCAAAAGAGGUGACAGGUUCCAAGAUGUCUCAAGUGACCAAGGGAAAACCGAGCGACCCCAACAAGACGGCUCAAGUAACCAAGGGAAAACCGAGCGAUCCCAACAAGACGGCUCAAGUAACCAAGGGAAAACCGAGCGAUCCCAACAAGACUGCUCAAAUAACCAAAGGAAAACCGAGCGAUCCCAACAAGACGGCUCAAGUAACCAAGGGAAAACCGAGCAACCCCAACAAGACGGCUCAAGUAACCAGGGGAAAACUGAGCGACCCCAAAAAGACUGUUCAGACAGCUAAAGCUAAACCCUCUGCUAAGGGUUCAGAGACAGCAGUUGCAAAGAAGUUGGUAAAGAAGGAAAUACCCUGGAGAAAAAAUAUAGUUGAGAUUACAAAUCUUCCAGAGGAAGGGGUAACUGAGGAUGACCUCACCAACCUUGCUAAACCAUAUGGCUUCAUUGCAACUCCUGUCAUAGCAAUCACUCAACAAAAGGCCUAUCUGCAGAUGCCCAACACAGAGGCAGUUGAUGCAAUGGUGAAGGCCUACUCUGAGACCCCAGCUAAAGUGCAAGACAAUGAGAUAACCGUUAAGAUGAUGAUGAAACCUAUUGACCUGAAUUACACUGAGUCAGUAUUCAGAGUGAUAAUGGGCAUGGAGAAAUCGCCUGAAAUCGUCACAUUGCCAGAACGCCUUCUCAUUGUUAGCAAUGUGCCAAAAACACUUGGGGCAAUCAAGGAAGUAGAGACCAUAAUUCAACGCUAUGGUGCCUUCAAGAAAGUUUUGCCUCUUAAUGGCAGGAUUAUUUUUGAAAUGGAGAAUGCUACUACCGCUAGGACUGUCUUCGCUCGCUUCCUCAAGUUUCGUUGUGUGGUCCAGAACAGUACCCUUAGCUUCCAACUAGCCAAACCAGUCAAGUUUAAAAAGAAGACAGAAGCUAAAGGAGCAAACCCUCCUGGUACAACAGCAGCGACAAUAAAAAAAACUAAUACCAUCAAAGCCCAAAAGGUAGUCGCUGCAGCAGCUGCAUCUACUGCGGGUCCACCUGUCACAAAAGACAAAGCUCCAAAAACUAAUGCUAUUAUUGCGGCUAAAGAUGAUGAAAUUAUUGUUAUAAACGAUAGUGAAGUAAAUUUGAAAGAAAGUGAUGGUGAUGAAAAGAUGAAUGCUGAUACAUCUGCAACUAAAGUUACUGCAGUUCCCAAAGACAUUACAGUUGAUGCAUCUGCUAAUGCAGAAACAACUACUUCUGAGAAUAAAGCAGAGAAGGAUGAAACUGUCAUGGAGACCCCUGAAACUGAAUCUGUGAUAAAAGAGCAUGAAGCUGCAUCCUCCGUUCCCACGGCUGAAUCUAAGAUUGAGAACAAGGAGCUUGAAGUUGAAAACUCUGUUCCCUCUUCAGAAUCUGCCGUUUCGGCUGAGUCUGGGAAAGCAGAGCUUAAAGUUGAAUCAUCAGUCCCUGCGGAAUCUGCUGUUUCAGUUGAAUCUCCAAGCACAGAGCAUGAAGUUGGAUUCCCAGUUCUUGCUUCAGAAUCUGGAAAAACAGAGCUUGAGGUUGCAUCGGCUGUUUCCGCUUCAGAACCUGCAGUUUCAGUGGAGUCUGCAGAAGCAGAGCAUGAAUUGGCUUCCUCAGAAACUUCCAUUUUAAUAGACUCAACUGAUCAAACAGGGACAUUGCUUAAGAAAAACGACCAGAAUGUCCUGCAGGCUGAAGAUGUUCCCAAAGAACUGGUUCCUACAUCUGUGGAAGAAAGCAAAAUUGACGAUUCAAAGUUAGAAGAAGACAAUGUUGAGUCCAAGUCAGAAAUGGAGAUUGUUGCUUCAACUGUUAGCAGUGAGGAAACUGCAGUAGAGGCCAUGGAGACCCAGAGUCCAGAAGAACCUACCAAAGGCACUGAUGUCAAAGAAGAUGUUUUGGAAACACACAAGCUCAAGAUUGAAAACGAGGGCCAAACGAAUGACUUGAAACCAACUGAACCUUUAGAGAUGGACAUAAAUCCUCAGUCUAGUAAUGAAAACGAAACUGCUGAAGAGCAUGUCCCUGCAGCUGUUGAAUCUGACUCCAUUCCAACCUUUGAUCCUGCCUCUGACCUACCCUCCACUUCUGAUCAAACAGUCAGUAAUUCAUCUGUCGCAGUUACAUGUGCCUCAAACAGUCCUCAAACGGUGCUUGAGCCCUUCCAGAUUGACGACAAUUCUCUGGACUUUCCUCCGGUUACGCAGGAGAUUUUGAAGGCCCUUGAAUUAGCUGUCCAUCAGUGUCGCUUACAGUCUUCACUAAAACGUGCUGAAGAAGCAGCCAGACAGAAGGCAGAAAUGGAGAAAAAAGCUGCAGAGAAGAAAACCACAAAAGGUCCGUCAAGCUCAAAGAAGCCUGCUCAAGCAACCAAGAAGACCACUCAAGCUGAGAGCAAAAAGAUUCAGAACGAGAAAGAGAAAAAGUCUCAGAACUCUGGGUCAAAGAGUAAGCCUGCAGACACCUCGUCCCCAGAGAAAGAGCCAACAUCUAGGCACAGGAGCAGGGGUAAUUCUGAAGAAGAUGGCCCUAGCACCAGGCGUGGGGGAUCUUCUGGGUCCUCCUCCUCCCGGAGGAGCAGGCGGGAGUCCACUCCUCCAUCAAAGCGUUUAAGGGGGCAUGAUGUUGAUCACAGGAGUCAUAGCAAAAACUCACAGCCUUCGAGGAGUCACUCAAAAACAAGGACAGCUGAAAAGGAAAAAGAUGAGGAACCGUUUCCAUUUAACAUUGAUGAGUUUGUGACCGUUGAUGAAGUAGGGGAUGAUGCAGAGGAGACUGUGGUCUCAAAUACUGAGUCUUCAGUCAAGGAUGAGAAGAUUGCGGAUAAACCCGAUUCCCACUCCAUAGUCUUUCCUAUUGCAGAGUCAGAUCCAGCUGAUCAUUUAAAACAAACUGACCAGAUUGUUGCUUCUGAGAUAGGAAAACCUGAAGUUAUUGAAUGUGCAGAUAAAAUAGAAGCCAAUAUUGAAGAAACCACACCAGCUGCAGAAGUUGUUGCAUCUCCAAAGCCAGAAGAGCAAGAGUCUCAGGAAGAGAGUGCUGAAAAACCACUGGGAAUGGAAACUGCCGUUGAGAACGAGACAACAGAGCCUUGUACUGUAGCAGAAAAUGCUUCAGCAGAGAUGGACAACAAUGUUGAGACCCUUCUAACCAUGAAAGAAGACCCUGACAUUGGGACCUUGGAUGAAUUGGAGCCAAGCAAGUCCGUUUCUUCCUCUCCUCCUGCAACUUCUGCAGAAACCUUAGAGAAAUCAGAAGAUGUGCAUCCUGAGGAGCCUGAAUCCUCUGCCCCAGUGAUGGACAAUAAUGAUGAAGAAACUCUGAUCUCUGAAAUUCCAUCCCAUGAUGCAAUGGUCACUCUUGAUGAGGUCAGUGAGGGUGAGGAAGAUUUUGUCGAUGAAACAAAUGAGGAACAGCAUUCGAAGGCUGAUGAAGUGCCUGAGACACUUGUAACGGUUGAUGAGGUUGGAGAUGAUGAAACGGGGGGUGAAGAAUACCAGUUGGACAAAGAACUUCAAGGCCUAGUUACAUUGGAUGAGAUUGUUGAUGAAGAGGAGGAGUUUGAAUUAUUCAAUCCUGAGACUCUUGUAACCCUGGAUGAGGCCAAGGGUGAUGAUGAGGAGAAUGAGGAAGUGGAGCAUAGUGAAGACAAGCCAACCACCCCAAGCACCACGACACCAAUCAUACCAGAAGAGCCUGUGAAAUCACCAAGCCAAGAAGAGGAUGCCUGUGACCUUGAAGAGCUCCGCAAGAUGAACUUUGUAACUGUGGAUGAAGUAGGGGAGGAGGAAGAGGAACAACCACCCAGCGAAGAUGUCAAAGAGGAGAGGCAAGUUAAAAAGAGAGCUACAAGGACCAAAAAGAGAACUCGCCAGGCCCCAGUGAGGAGAUCCACAAGAGGUAAAAGAGGAGCGACAAAAAUUGCUGAAGAAGCAGAGGAACCCGAGACAAAUGCGGAGUGUGAACCAGAGGCAGCUGCUUCCAUAAGCGAGAAUCCUCCUGCAGCUGUCGAAUCCAUGGAUCUCGAUGUGAAGCCAGAACCGCAAAAGGCUGAAACCGUGAAAGUUCCAGAAUCAUCGACUGCAGCGGUCUCUUCAGGGUCAGAAGAGGACAGGAUGAGAGCUAAAGAUGAUGACAACUCUGCAAAGUCAGAAAGUGAUGCUGUUGACACACCAGUCUCUGACAAAAAAUCCUCAGUCAAAGAAGAGUCCAAGCAACGGCGGGAGAUGGAGCCGACACAGGAACCAGAGGCUAAGAAGGCCCGCUCUCAUUCCCCUGUGAUUGAAGACUUCACCUUGCCGCCAUUUAACCCAGACAAUCCCACUGGGGUUGACUUUGUGGUACCCAAGACGGGUUUCUUCUGCAGACUCUGCUCUCUAUUCUAUGGCAGUGAGGAAACUGCUAAGAAAAGUCACUGUAGUACCCUAAAGCAUUACCAGAACAUGGAGAAAUACUACAAGAAGCUCAAGUCUCAGAAGCAGGGUGACUGCUCAACACAGACAACGCCCAGUCAUAGUUCUGCUUCUUCUGAAUAGCCCCUGUUUAGAGUUUUUCUUUUUCUUUUGUUAACAGAUGGUCCGAUUGUUUUGUUGUAAAAGUUUUAUUAAUUUUUCUUGUUUAGAAUGAAAUGCAUUGGCUCUGCUAAAUAAA